UUUGGACAAUAAUGCUACUGUUAAUGACGGGAUGUACCGUGGUAAUAAUAUAACCAGCCACGAGACAUAAUCAUUAUAUAUUGCUGAGCCAGACGACGACGGUUUGUUAAUUGACACGAAACAUGGUACCGAGGGAUAUAUCUAUGAUUUGUAUGAGUUUGGUCACUUUGGUACCAGUUGUGUUGUCUCUGAAUUGUACCGGUAAACAGGACGGCGUGUACGACCAGGGUUGUCGAUCGUACACCAAGUGUGACAAUGGGACGGCUGUAGUUAUGUUUUGUAUAACUAGGACCGCGUACAACAGGGACACAUUCACAUGUGAUGAUGCGUUCAAUGUACCACCUCCUUGCGGUACGUACCGGGAGUGUUCAGCACUUGACGAUGGAACCUACCCUGAUAUUGACAUGAUGUGUACGUCAUACUAUACCUGUAACAGAGGGCAGUUCUUCGGGCAUUCAUUGUGUCCCGCAGGGUUAGUAUUUAACCAAGGAUUACAGGUGUGUGAUUGGCGAUUUAAUGUUUCUAAGCCGUGUGGAACUCUGCCAGCGACUGAUCUCGCCAUGACUAUCGACGAAUACGUGACUGUAUAAUUAAAUUAAAUAGUGAUAUAUUUUGAUUCUCAUUAUUGUUAGAAAGCAAGACGUCAUGCAUGAAAAGUAUAUCGUAUUUUUUUUACCGGUCAUUAAUGCAAUCAGCGAUCCACAGGGAUAGCAAUUGUCAUACAGAAAAAGUAUAUUGUACCCGACAAUGAUGCCUCUUGAAUUGAUUUCUAUAAAGACGUAUAUAAGUGAUUUCUAUGGCAAGCCAACUUAACAUCUAUUCAAGGAGCAAUGUCGAUCUUGUAUUUCAGAAA